AUGUCUGUAUGCCUCGUCCGGCUGUCCUUUGCAUAUCUGCAUUCAAUUGGGAUUUCCGACGCACUCUAUGUAUCACUCAAAGCACGUAGGGAAGAGCACGAUCCGAUGCAUGAACUUUUUGUCUUGAGGGCAAUACAUUUGUUGCCCGAACUACACAGAACAUACAUAUCCGACCUUGUGUUUUGGACAUGAACACAAGAGUGCGCUGUAACGAAAGCACCAGGAAAAGAUGUGUGCAGUGGACGGAUCUCACACCAAUGUGUGUUGGAUCGUUUACGCCACAUUUAGGAGCGCCUUUCAUUACCCGGCCAAAGCCCCGCCUACAGGCUGUCUAUCGUGCAAUCCGUGCACCAUAAAUGAUCUAUUCGACGAUCCACGGUGGGUCACACAACCGAAACUCCGUUAACGGUUGCCCGAUGAGAGAGGCUAUAGCAGGAAUCCCGCUAGCGUCAAGCCAAGCUUUAAUAGCCAACACCAUUCUCUCUUGUCCGACCCUGUUAUAUACCCUCAGGGUGCGAGGAACAAAAAACACGUUUGUAUCCGCAAUACAUACAUGCCAUGUGACAUCGGACAGCCACAGUCUUCGUGCAGGGGUGGUCUGUCUUACUCUGCUACGACAGCUUGCCGCUGGGCACACCUUCGCAGGAAACCGUCAACCUUGAUACUGUUAUGAGCAGGCACAAAUCAAGUAGCAGCCAACAAUCUUCAUUACGAAUGCAUCGUUUUCUCAUCCUCCUCUCCGCCCUUCUCGUUGCGACCCGAACAAAACGCCAAACCAAUUUACUGCACCAAUCAAUACCAUCAUCACCCCCACCACCUAUACUAACCGCACCAGCUUGGCAUAAAAUGUCGCGACAAAUUCCCUACGGUUAUUUCGAGGCUCCAGUCCCUCGUACCCUCUACAUAUACCUCGCCAUGGUGUUAGUUCCGAGCCUGUGAGCCCUCUCCCUGGUGGUACUGAUUUCCCUGGCGGUACUGCUGCUGGUAAAGCAUCUGCUGCUGCUGCUGCUGCUGUUGCUGCUUCUGCUGCUGCUGCUGCUGCUGCUGUGCGUCGUACCACUGCAUUAGUCGGGGGCGUAUCGCAGGAACAACGUCCGGUCGAACGGACGAAGAACGGCAAGAAGGGCGGAGGAAUGAGUGUCACUUCUCAACACGCCAAGGAAGGAGAGCCCAAGAAGCAACUUCAACACAUGUACAACACAUGCACGUUCGAUCGCGGGAAAAGAGGUUGCUCGAUCACUCGUUAGCGGCAGCCGUUGCUUAGUUCCGUUUCCUGCAGGCAAGGUUUCCACCACGUACCCACCAACUCUAACCGUCACCCGGGCGAUAGUCCCCCCCCCCGGGCUCCGACACUUGUAAUGCUUCUUCUGCACAACCAUCUUCUGACUUCACCCAGAACGUCUUUGGAAGCUGCUGCUGCUUCUGCUGCUGCUGCUCCUGCUGCUGGAUUAGUGACACUUUCGUUGUGCGUGGCUAGCUAAUCUACCAAGGAGUGCCUUCGCCCCCGACCAUUCUCUUCUAACUCCCUCUUGUUAGGGCGGGUAUGAGCGUGUUCGCCCGCCAAAAUCGAAGACAUAGUUCAGUUCAGCCUUCUGCACCAUGUAUGAAAACGGUGUUGGAGUUGACGUUGAUGUUUAUACUCCAUCUCUUGUAAUGAAGAUCGCAUCUCGAGCACACCCGCCCUUGAUCUCCCAUCCCAACGCACCACUCUCCUUCAAUAAACAGCUAACACCUUCCAUGCGUAACGGGGGAUCAAAAAAGAGACGAAUCAGUAAUUCUCUCCCCAACCAUCAUCACCACACGCACUCUCACCUGCUGCUGCUGCUGCUGCUGCUGCUGCUGCUGCUGCUGCUGCUGCUGCUGCUGCUGCUGCUGCUGCUGCUGCUGCUGCUGCUGCUGCUGCUGCUGCUGCUGCUGCUGCUGCUGCUGCUGCUGCUGCUGCUGCUGCUGCUGCUGCUGCUGCUGCUGCUGCUGCUGCGGCUGCGGCUGUGGCUGUUGUGCGUACUGCGCCUGGUACGCCACGGCCGCGGCAUCCUGGGGCCCCGCGGCUGGGGUGGCAGCAGGUGUCUGCCCCCACCGUGUUCCGGGGCGGGCAGGCGCCGGAGCCCCCGCGUACCCAGCCUGCGAGCCGUAGGAAGGCUGGCCCGAGUUGUAACCGUAAGCCCCACCGCUGUACGUCGGGUACUGCGCCUGCCCGGCUGCGGGGGCCGGGGCCGCCGGC